AUGACACCCCUUUUUACGUCAUCAAAACUAAAGAGUAUGUAUUACAUAAUAGAUCGCAGUGCUCAAGAUUUCGUUGAAUAUUUAAAUAAUAAUCAAGAAAAAUUAAAAGGUGACAUGUUUAAUACAUUAUCUACAUUUAGUAGUGCUGCUAUUGGAGCUGCUGUGUUUGGAAUUGGAACUGAGUCAAUAUUUAAUUCACCCUUCCUUAAAAUGGCUCAAAAUGCUAUGACACCUACGUUUUCACAAAAUAUUAAGUUUGUGAUAUCCGCAUUUAAUGGAACUUUAUACAAACUUUUGGGAAUUAAACUAUGUAAACAACACGAGGAAUUUUUCAUUGGUGCUGUAAAGCAAGUUAUCCGCCAAAGAGAACAAGAAAAAAUAAGGAGGCAUGACUUUGCAGACCUAUGCGUAAAUAUACAAAAUAAUGGUGUCUUGAAAGACCCUGACAGUGGCUUGGAAAUAUAUCCAACGGAUGAAAUAUUGGCAGCGCAAGCGUUCUUCUUCUUCAUUGCUGGUGUUGAACCUAGUGCGGCCGCUAUGCAAGCAACAUUGAUAGAAUUAGGACGCAAUCCUGACGCUCUAAAACGUGUUCAUGAUGAAAUUGACAGCGCGUUUAAGAAACAUAACAACACAAUAACAUAUGACAUCAUUCAAGAAAUGGAAUAUCUUGAAAUGUCAUUAAAUGAGUCAAUGAGAAUUCAUCCCUCGGUUGGAUAUUUAACUAGAGAAUGCGUUCGUGAUACCGUAUUACCAGUUGGAAAUAUCAAAGUUGAAAAGGGUACCAAAAUAUUUACUCCUCUUUAUGAAUUUCAUCACGAUUCAAACAUAUUUCAAGAUCCCCAAGUUUUUAAGCCGGAGAGAUUUUCCCGCAAAAAUCGGAGUACAAUAGCAGACAAUGUGUUUAUGCCAUUUGGUAAAGGCAACAGACUUUGUGUUGGUACAAGAUAUGCCACAUUGCAAGUGAAAGCAGGGUUAGUUCACUUAUUACGAAACUUCACGGUCAAGACAGAAAUAGGCGAAGGAGGAAUUAAGUACAAAAAGCAUCAUACACAAGUACGGCCAUACAAUGUAAGGAUCGAACUAUUUCCUAGAAAUAAGGAAAGGAUUGAAUAG